GUCAGCGGCUGCAGGGGCAACUGAGGAGGAAACAUGGUGCUGGACAAGUCCGUGAGCGAGAGGAGGAGAGCUGAGGCGAGCACGGCCGGCAGCCGACAGGAGAGUCCUGGAGAACUGUGGGAUUGUGUGAAGAAAGCUGCGUUCAUUAUUGGAUCUGGGAUAUUGUUCUUGGCUGCAUUCGGCAACUCGCUGACAUGGCACCUUCAGAGGUUUUGGGGAGCUUCAGGAGACUUCUGGCAGAACUUGUGGACAAAGGUCCACUUGGCAUUUGAGGGACAUGAUGCUGCUUUGUUUUAUUUAGGAACAAUGUUAGCCCCUACUGUUAUGUUCUGGGUGUUUAAUGGUCUCCUGCUGUUGGUGGACACCACCGGUAAACCGUCUUUCAUCACUCGUUACCGCAUCCAGGAGGAUAAGAAUAAUCCGGUUGAUCCUACAAAGCUCCGCCAGGCGGUGAAGACUGUCCUCUUCAACCAUUUCUUCAUCUCGGGGCCCAUGGUGGUGGUCGUUUACCACCUGAUGUCAUGGAGAGGAGGCGCCUGUGGCCCUGAGCUGCCCACCUUCCACUGGGCCCUGAUGGAGCUGGCUGUCUUCUCCAUGGUGGAGGAGAUCAUGUUUUACUACUCACACAGGUUGUUUCACCAUCCCAGCCUCUACAAGCACUAUCACAAACAGCACCAUGAGUGGACCGCUCCCGUCGGCAUCGUCUGCAUCUACGCUCAUCCUCUGGAGCACGUGAUCUCCAACUUAAUGCCAGUGGUCGCGGGGCCGGUGAUUCUGGGCUCCCACAUCACCACCACCUCCAUGUGGUACUGCCUGGCUCUGGUCAGCACCACCAUCUCCCACUGCGGCUACCACCUCCCCUUCCUGCCGUCCCCCGAGUUUCAUGACUUCCACCACCUCAGGUUCACCCAGUGCUUCGGGGUUUUCGGUGUGCUGGACCGGCUCCACGGCACCGACUCCAAGUUCAGACAGACCAAGCAGUACGAACGGCACACCCUGCUCACCAGCCUCACCCCUCUCACCCAGAGCAUCCCUGACUCGCCCAAGAAGUGCCAGUGAUGACCUUCGACCCCUGAACUUUCACAUCUCACAUUUACAAGUGAUGUAUAGUUUGGUGUUCAGCUGGUUAUAAAAACGUCCUGCGGUGAUUAUUGGGACGCAGCGGCGCCGUCUGAGGUUCAGGGUUAUGUUUUAGCGACGUCCACUUCAAAUAUUUAACGAAGCCCAAAUCUACGAGGAAAAAGGGAACAAGUUUGGAUCCAUCAUAAUAUGCUGCUUUUUUAAAGGGGUAAAAUUUUGAUUUUUGUGCAAUUAUAAAUUCAUGGCUUACAAAAACCUUUGGUAGCAGCACAUAAUCAGUACAUACCACCAUAUUGUACAUCUACAUACUGAGCAAGUACAGAACUGUAUGUACAUACUCUGUAAUUACUGGUCUGUACUAUGCAUUUGGUACUUAGUAUUUACUAGAUGCGUACUGGGCUGAACGAUUUAUAUGGUACUUGCCUACUAUGUAGCAAGAACAUACUGAGUAAAUACUGUACUUGACUAUGUAUUUAGUACUUACCUAGCGCAUACCAGGCACAUACUGUAUUAUGAAGGGACUUGUUAUCCUGUACUUGUAGGGUACAAACUGCAAGAUGCGUAGCGGGUACAGACCUAGUUUGUACUAAUGUACACAGUAACCAGUCACUUCAUAAUACAGUCCGGUCUCAUAUGUACCAGGUACGCAAGUACUGGGCUGUACUUGCAUUGCUGCCAGUGCCAAUACUGCAGAAGAAGCGGUUUUCAGCUGCUGAAGUGAUUCUUUACUUUCUGUCUUAAAACACAAAACUUCUGUUCAGUUUUAAGGAAAUUCUAAUUAUAAAUAUUUCAUCCAAAAUACUAGAAUUUACAGUAAAUCCCCCUCAGUUUUGUUGCGACUAUGGCUGCAUAAAGCUAUCCACAAUUUGUAAACCAUUUCAGUAAAAUUACCACUUUAGUUGUGAUUUGACAGUAUUUAUCUGUAUAUCCCAGAUUCCACAAAUGUGUGGUGCUGGAAAUGUAAGAUAAAGGAAAAUAUUCCAGCGUAAUGAUUUUAGUUCCGUUUCCCAUCAGCACUUUAACUCCACCAGCUGUGAUGCAUGCACUUGUAGCUCAGACUGCAGAAAAUCCUGCAGAACGAUUCCGUUUUUGUCACUUAAACAUGGUUUUGUGUGUGAAUUAUAAUUUGUUGAAAUUAUAAAACUCGUCUGUAAUAAAUAAAAAUGUAAAAAAUG